AAGCAUCCUGAAGCUGCCAUGCUGGGAGGAAGCCCAGGUCACACGGGGAGGCUACAUGCAGGGUCUCCAUUCACAGUCCCAGCUGAGCCCAGCUUUUGGGCCCUCCUGCCCAGGAGCCACAUUUAUCUGCCAUCUCCUGGGGGACUUCAGUGUCACACAAAUAACCUCCCAUUGCCAACACUCUGGCCUCCCAGUCCUUGACCUCCUCAUCCACAGCAAUGUCCUCACCUAAGUCACCUGGGCUAACUCUUCCAGUGAACAAACGGCAGGGUCUAGUGGUUUUAAGGGACACUGUGAGGGCUGUUGUAAGAGCAGGGAGCCUUCGGUACCAUGGACCUGACUGGAGAAUCUUUCACGGCCUGGCCCCAGGCUCCAGGAGGUCCCACCACCGCCAUGGCCCAGGAUGGAGGCAGCACUGGUGCCAGGGGCAAGCAGGUCACAGAUGCCAGGGCUCAUUUGACCUCUACUUCAUCUUGGACAAGUCUGGCAGCGUGAACAAUAACUGGAUUGACCUUUAUAUGUGGGUGGAGGAAAGAGUGGCGAGGUUCCAAAGCCCAAAUAUUCGGAUGUGCUUCAUCGCCUACUCCACGAACGGCGAGACUGUCUUGCCACUCACUUCAGACAAGAAUAGAAUAAAAAACAGUCUUGGCCAACUUCAGAAAAGUGUGCCUGAAGGGCACACAUCCAUGCAGGCAGGAUUUAGAAAGGCAAUUCAACAGAUCGAAAGUUUCAACUCUGGAAACAAGGUUCCCAGCAUGAUUAUUGCUAUGACCAAUGGAGAACUGGUGGCACAUGCAUUUCAGGACACUCUCAGAGAAGCUCAAAAGGCUCGGAAACUGGGGGCCAACGUUUACACCCUGGGUGUGGCUGAUUAUAAGCUGGACCAGUUAACAGCAAUUGCAGACAGCCCUGGCCACAUGUUUGCAGUGGAGAAUGGCUUCAAGGCCCUGAGAAGCACCACUGAUGCUCUCACGUCAAAGGUCUGUCUUGAUGUGACAUCGGUGGAGCCUUCCUCUGAGUGUGUAGGAGUAAGUUUAACCCUAAAGCAAGAAAAGACAUGUGUGAGAAGCUCUCAGGGAAACACCAGCAAAUGGCAUGGAGUAGCAGCUAACCCAGACCACAGGGCAGGAGCAGCCAGGGCUCCUCCCAGGAAGGCCAGGCAGGUGCAGGAGCUGAAAUGUCUGUGUAAUUUACCACAUCAACAAAAUGGGAAACAGGAACCAAGCGGUUAUCUCAGGGGAUGAAGAACAAGAAGUGGGGGCGUCAACAUCCCACAGCACCCUGUGAGCAGAAGGAAACCUCCAUAGCCCAACAAAGGCGUCCACACAAACACCCUCGGCUCACCUCAGUCCCACAGGAUCAACCCCAGUGCCUGUCCAUGCUGUCUGGGAUGUAGCGAGGAUGCCCUCUUACCAGCUGGGGUCCCAGCAUGGGUUGUGACAGUCCUGUGUGGGGCUCUGUGAUGCCUCUGUCUGUCCUGAGCUCCUCCUGAGCAGGCUGGGGGUCUGCAUGGCCAGCAGUUGCACAACUGCAGCUGCUGGAGAUGAAGGGAGCCCUGGGUAUUAUCCCUUCAUGGGGACAUCACGAGGCCCUUAGCAAGACCACCAGGGCCUCCAGCAGCUGGGCUCUGGCCUCCCUGUUCCUCACUGCAGGGUGCCCUGGCAGUAGGCUGUGGGGACAGACACACCGUACAUGUCUGAGCUCUGCUCUCCAUGGGCACACAACAAGGAGCAAAUAGUCCAAUUCCAGCGAGCUCCAGUGAUGCCUCCCAUGAACAGAAAGGACGCUGUCAGGCCUGUUAUGAGUCCCAGGGCACUGGGCUGUGCAGGGACUGGCACAGGGCUGGGAGCUGGUAGGUCCCAGAAACAGGAGCUGUGCUGACACUUCCAUGAUUGGUCCUGGGCUCUGUCCCCAACCCUGCCUCUCCCUCAUGCAGAGCUGAGGGUAGGGGUGGGGUAGACAGAGCUCCCCUCUGUGCAGCUCUGUGCUGCAAGGAGAGAGAGAGGCUGUCUGGAGAAAGAGAAAGGGAUUCAGCUCUAGUGCUCUGGGGCUUUGGGACCAGGGUGCUCCCCUUCAAGGAAGGCAGCUUGUCAGAGGCAGCAUCAGCACUGAGGCUGAGGCUCAGGAUGGCUGGGCUUAGACAUGCAACAUGGAGAG